AGUUCCCGAGCUCUCAGCCUCUGCAGCGCCUGCCUCCAGUGGUCGUUACUUGGAGUGUCCUACCACGAGUCAAGUCGAGGGAGUCGAGUCGACUCGAGGAGCUGCUAAUACCACCUGACCAUGGCCGAGGAUCUGGUUCUGGAGAGAUGCGACCUGGAGCUGGAGGCCAAUGGUCGUGACCACCACACGGCAGACCUCUGCCGGGAGAGGCUGGUGGUGCGGCGGGGCCAGCCCUUCCGGCUGACACUGUACUUUGAGGGCAGAAACUACGAGGCCGGUGUGGACAGCCUCACCUUCAGUGUCGUGACUGGUCCAGCCCCCAGCAAGGAAGCUGGGACCAAGGCCCGCUUCCCCCUGUCUGAUGCUGUGGAGGAGGGAGCCUGGACAGCCUCGGUGGUGGACCAGCAGGACAAUGCUCUCUCGCUGCAGCUCAGCACCCCCGCCCAUGCCCCCAUCGGCCUGUACCGCCUCAGCCUGGAGGCCUCCACCGGCUACCAGGGCUCCAGCUUUGUGCUGGGCCACUUCACCCUGCUCUUCAACACCUGGUGCCCAGAGGAUGCUGUAUACCUGGACUCAGAUGAGGAGCGACGGGAGUACGUCCUCACUCAGCAGGGCUUCAUCUACCAGGGCUCUUCCAAGUUCAUCAACAGCAUACCUUGGAACUUUGGGCAGUUUGAAGAUGGGAUUCUGGACAUCUGCUUGAUGCUCCUGGACAUCAACCCCAAGUUCCUGAAGGACAGUGGCCGCGAUUGCUCCCGCCGCAGCAGCCCUGUCUACGUGGGCCGGGUGGUGAGCGGCAUGGUCAACUGCAAUGAUGACCAGGGUGUGCUGAUGGGACGUUGGGACAACAACUACAAGGAUGGCAUCAGCCCCAUGUUCUGGAUCGGAAGUGUGGACAUCCUGCGGCGCUGGAAGAACUAUGGCUGCCAGAAUGUCAAGUACGGCCAGUGCUGGGUCUUCGCUGCUGUGGCCUGCACAGUGCUGCGGUGCCUCGGUAUCCCCACCCGAGUCGUGACCAACUAUAACUCAGCUCACGAUCAGAACAGCAACCUGCUCAUCGAGUACUUCCGCAACGAGUUUGGGGAGAUCCAGGGUGACAAGAGUGAGAUGAUCUGGAAUUUCCACUGCUGGGUAGAGUCAUGGAUGACCAGGCCGGACCUGCAGCCGGGGUAUGAAGGGUGGCAGGCCCUGGACCCCACACCCCAAGAGAAGAGUGAAGGGACAUACUGCUGUGGCCCGGUUCCAGUUCGUGCCAUUAAGGAGGGUGACCUGAGUACCAAGUAUGACGCACCCUUUGUCUACGCGGAGGUCAAUGCCGAUGUGGUGGACUGGAUCCGGCAGGAUGACGGGUCCAUGCACAAGUCCAUCAACCACUCCCUGGUCGUGGGGCUGAAGAUCAGCACCAAGAGCGUGGGCCGUGACGAGCGGGAGGACAUCACCCAUACCUACAAGUACCCGGAGGGGUCCUCAGAAGAGAGAGAAGCCUUCAAGAGGGCCAACCACAUGAACAAGCUGGCUGAUAAAGAGGAGACGGGGGUGGCCAUGCGGAUCCGUGUGGGCGAGAGCAUGAAAAUGGGCAGCGACUUUGACGUCUUUGCCCAUAUUACCAACAACACGGCUGAGGACCACACCUGCCGCCUCCUGCUCCGUGCCUGCACUGUCAGCUACAACGGGAUCCUGGGGCCCCAGUGCGGCACCAAGGAACUGCUCGAUCUCCCCAUGGAGCCCUUCUCUGAGAAGAGCAUCCCCUUCCGAAUCCUCUAUGAAAAGUACUGUGACUGCCUGACCGAGUCAAACCUUAUCAAGGUGCGGGGCCUCCUCGUUGAGCCAGCUGCAAAUAGCUACCUGCUGGCCGAGAGGGACAUCUAUCUGGAGAAUCCAGAAAUCAAGAUCCGGAUCCUGGGAGAGCCCAAGCAGAACCGCAAGCUGGUGGCUGAGGUGUCCCUGCGGAACCCGCUCACCGUGCCCCUAGAAGGAUGCAUCUUUACUGUGGAGGGGGCCGGCCUGACUGAGGAGCAGAAGACCGUGGAGAUCCCAGACCCCGUGGAGGUGGGACAGGAAGCCAAGGCGAGGGUGGACCUGCUGCCUCUCCUUGUGGGCCGCCAUAAGCUGGUGGUGGACUUCGAGAGCGACAAGCUAAAGGCCGUGAAGGGUUACCGGAACGUCAUCAUCGGCCCUCCCUAAAGGACUCCCAUGUUCAGCCCCACCUUAGCCAGCCGAGAGCCCCUAGUCUGAUUCCCAAAUUAUCCCAAAUCGAUGAGCAAAAUUUGCCCCUCUUUGGGUCCCAGACCCCAGGGCAGAGGUGGGCUGCCUGGGGAGGGAGAUGGCUAUUUAGAAUAGAAUGUACUUCUGGCCCAUCUUGUCUCUUGAGCCUGAUUCCCCACCCCCCUUACCUAUGAGGAAUGUCUUGUGCCUCUGCAGUGGGAGCCUUCACCUUGGCUGACUGGAUCUGAGAGGGUAGGGGAGAGACCCACGCCUCCCCUUCCAGCCCAGAUGACAUUUGGAAAGACACUGACCACCCUGAUCUAUCCUGAUAUUGCCUUAUCUACUCCAUAGCCCUUUUUCGCUUGGAGCAAGCAAAAAAGAGACAAUGAGCCCAUUGGCUAGAUCAAGGAACUCGACACCCUACCAUGUUUUGUACCCAUUCCCCAGACUGUGCCCAAGGCCCUUGGGAUAAGCCAGAGCAGGUAGGGUUGGGAAGGGUCCCAGGUAUAGACCAGGCUUAAGCUCCUCACAUCCUGGAAGCUCCGGCCCACAAUCUCCCACCCUCCUCCCUAUUGCGAGGGACCUACUUUUUGCCAGGUGCUUUCUGUACUUGCUGGGGCUCAUGAGGCCACCAACCCAUUUAAUCACCACAGGAAACUACAGAAUGGGAGCUGCUUUUUCAAUGAGGAAUCUUAGUCUCAGAGAAGGGAGGUGGCUUGCUCCAUAUAGGUGGGAUAUUGGCUAUUUGCAAGGUCGGGUAAUGUUAAGGCAUGGGAACAGAGGCCUUCUGACUCGGAGUCCAGCACCCUGUCCAUGACACCAGCCCUGAUCUGAGAAUGUCAGAGAGGCCAUCUGGGACCCAAUUUUAAAGGAUUCAAUCGGGGUGAGGAGGUGGGAGGGCUUGGAGAGAUCAGAGCCCUGGGUUUGAGCCCCAAGUCUGGCCAGCCGCUGCCUUCUCCUCUCUGGGCCUCAGUGUCCUCAUUGGUCAAUGGAGUGGUUGAUCUAGUCCAUCUCCAAGGCUCUCUUAGCUCUGCACUUCUGAUGUCUUAUAUGACCCAGCCUUGCAAAUAACAGCAAGUCCUACACCCUGGCUCCGCAGAGCCUUAGGCCACAGGCCUGGGAUGUUUCCAAGAGUGAAACCAUGACCAGGAUCACCAUUCCGCCCCCAGCCCUGUUCAGGUCCCCCACCUGUGCCCAGGCACCUUCUUUCAGACCCCAGUUCUAGGGGAAAAGCACCCUGGAGGCCCCUGUCCUACCCAGGAGCCCACCUACCACAACGCUGAGACUUCACGAGUACCUUAGCUGCCUGUGCUGGUCACCAGCCAACAAAAGGUCAGCAUCUCAGCCACCCGCUCUUUGCAGGACCAGGGCCCUGGACAUAGCUUUUGCCCCUGAGUAAGCUUAGGGAGCCUAUGGGUUGUCAUCUCUGACUUUAUCCCCCACAAUCUGCAUGUGACUGGGCCUCCCUCAGCCUGGAAGAGGGAAAAGGGGGGCGUUCUCUAUCUGGGGUGGGGUCGUAGCCUCCAGGGCCCCCAAAAGCCUAUAGAGGGACCUAGGGAAAGUCACGCUCAUGCACUUAGAACUUUCUGCUUUGUACAGGGAAGAAUCACACAAUGAGCCAAUGGGUAUGUUUUAUAUAUAUAUAAAUAUUGCUUUCUUCCUCUAUGGUUUUAAAAAUGCUUUUGGGUUCCAAGCAAGCAAUAGAUAUGCUUUUGAGCCACAAGGAGUGAGCACUGAAAUAAAGUUUAUUUUUCACAU